AAAACAAGCGCAAGAGCGACGAUAACUUGGAGAACUCAACGGCCAAGACCAAACGGAUCGAGACCCGAUGCGAUGCACUGAUCUUAUGGUUCUGGGCUUGCCCUGGAAGACAACUGAGGAUAGCUUGCGGGAGUACUUUGAGACCUUUGGCGAAGUGCUGAUGGCCCAGAUCAAGAAGGAAACCAAGUCGGGGCAGUCCAAAGGCCUUGGAUUCGUACGCUUUGGGUCCUACGACGCCCAAAUGCGCGUUCUCUCUAACCGUCACCUCAUCGACGGUCGUUGGUGCGAAGUUAAGGUGCCCAACUCUAAGGCAUGGGACAUCAGGUGCAAGGUCUUCGUGGGCCGCUGCACAUAGGACAUAAACUCGGACGACUUGCGCGAGUAUUUCUCCAAGUUUGGCGAGGUCACCGACGUGUUUAUUCCCCGACCCUUUAGAGCCAUUAGUUUUAUCACUUUUCUCGAUCCUGAUGUGGCGCAGUCUCUGUGUGGAGAGGAUCAUAUAAUUAAGGGUGUUUCGGUGCAUGUGUCGAAUGCUGCCCCAAAGGCAGAACAAAACAGGGGUCAGCAGACACAGGGGUCGCAAUGGACACCACCGAGUUGUGGUGUUGAACCAGUCCGCCACCAACCAAUCAGCCGCAUCAGGGACAACCGCCACCCAGCUAGAGAGAGUGGCGAGAAAAUUCUGUGAAUUAUUUUUAUUAUUCCAAUAAAAAAUCUCCUUAUUCAA